UCUUUUUCUAACCUGACGAUCGAGUUUUUGAAGCUUGCUUCAGCCGUUAGCAAGUCCAUCAACAACCUAUACCUAGAGCCUGCGACUAGAAUUUCCUCUAUUCAAGAUGCCUUUGUUUUUAGAGGAACAUGCACAGUACCUAAAAAAGUAUCUAGAAAAGGCAUUAGAACCCAUUUCUGAUGCUGAUGCCGGCGUGUUAUCAGACUAUGCUAUGGCUCUUUUACGGCAUGAAUCUUCAGAGGAGGAAGUUCGUCAGUUAUGUUACUCGCAGCUUGAAGACUUCUUGAGGCAAGAAACAGUUCCUUUUGUUGAUAAAAUAUUUGAUGUUUUACGUGAACGAUCCUAUCUCGAAGAAGCCCCGGAGGUGGCAGCUAAUGUACUAGCAAAUGAACAACCCAAGUACUCCCCUAGCUAUUCUUUUCCACCGAAACAGGUUGCUCCUAUUUCGAAUUAUAUCGCUCCAACUCCGCAGAAUCCGAAUGCAUUUUUCCCACCAAUUCCUCCUAUGAUGCCAAUGCCUCUGUAUCAUCCAGCUGCAAUGUCUGGUUCCAGAUUUAUGCCGGAGAAUCCUGGGCUUUACAAUCCUUCUAGUCCAGCUGGUAUACCCCCUUUUCCUCUUCCUUUCCCCGGCAGACCAUCCAUCUUCAUAUCUAAAAAUGAAAAACAAGAAACGGUCUGCUCCAAGGAAUGAUCCUUAUGGAGCGGGUCAAGCUGGUUUUGGGCGCCGAAAUAAUAAGGGUGGUCCUGCUUUUUCAAUGGGUCAACGACCAGUACGUAAUACUCCAAACGAUCCAACGAAUACCGUUUUAUAUGUUCGUAAUAUUCCCGAAGAGUAUUUAGAUGAAGAGAAAGUCAGCUCAUUCUUUUCCAAAUUCGGCGUCCUCGAAAAGAUUGAACUCAAUCUUGAACAACAUGCAGCUAUUUUGACCUUUACAUCCCAUGAGGCAGCUCAUAAUGCAUGGUCUUCACCAGAACCAAUUUUUAACAAUAGAUUUAUUAAAAUUUUUUGGUAUAAUCCUAAUAAAGCUUCCCAAAGCCGGCCCGCUUCCCGUAAAGAUUUUUUUCAAGCUUCAUCGCGAUCACCAGAUCUUGAAAAUCAUGAGGAUGAAGAGGACCCCUCUCUGUUAUUGCAAAACGAAGAUUUUCAUAAGGACAUUGCCGAAAAGCAAAAACUGCAUGAAGAGCGGAUGAAGCGUUUAGAAGAAAAUAAAAAGGCGUUAGAAGAGCUGAAUGAAAGAAAACAACAAUUGGCUUUGCAACAGCUUGAACAACAAAGGUUACUUAUGAGCAAGAUAAAGGAGGCUGAUCCGGAAAACAAAAAUAAGUCACAGCUGUUAGAAACUCAGCUAGCUGUUUUAAAAGCCGAAGCUGAAAGUUUGGGCAUUCCUGUAGGGAGUGAGGGAAGUCAGUCAGGUCGAUCCACUAAUCAUCAUCCUUCUUCGUCUGCACCUUCUCAGCGAGGGUCUUCUGCGUAUAGAGGAAGAGGCAGAGGUGGAUUCUCAUUGGCAUCUAUGUCCAUAGACAAUCGGCCUACAAGGGUCAAAGUAAAAAAUCUGACCCCCGAGAAGAAUGAAUCUUUAUUACAAUUCGUUUUUAGUGUCGGCGAAUAUGAAAGUAUUGAUGGGCUUAAUCCUGAUGAACGAUUGGUUAAUUUCCAAAACAGAAAAGCAGCGGAACGUUUUUAUCAUGGAGUCUUACGCAUUCCUUCUUUAAAAGAUGUUCAGUUAGAAUGGGUUGGCAAAGAUGCUACUAAAACUUUGCAGACUCAGGAAGAUAUGAUGGAAGACGGUAAUCAAUAGGGCAAUUAAAGAAAAUACAACAGUACUUGAUUUGUUAUUAGAAAGUAAAAAAUCUCAUUUAAUUUUGAUUUUAUUGUGAAAUCUGUGAAAUUGAA